AUGGUUCACAUAGAGAGCUGCAUGACCACUCCUUCUUCUUCUUCUCCCAUGGCGAAGAGAGGAAAGCACCGUGAGAGUGACAAUGAAGGUAACAAAGACAUGCUCAGUGACUUGCCAGAUUCAAUUCUCCUUCACAUUCUGUCAUUACUGAAAGUCAAACUCGCAGUUCAAACAUGUCUAUUAUCCACAAGAUGGAAGAAUCAUUGGAAACACAUUCCAACCCUCGCAUUACAUUCCUCAGAUUUUUCAACUUCCAAGAGCUUCACCAAAUUCACGUCCACGAUUUUUACCCUUCGGGACGGCUCAACUGCACUGCAUGGUCUCGAAUUGAAUAGUUUGAUAAUUGAUUGUUGUAGCAUGGAGUAUGAAGCAAGAAUCCUCUGCAUAUCAAGCACAACACUUGUCAAUUUAAUUGUGCUUCAUCUUGGGAGGUGCAAAAUUGAGCUAUCUGCAUCAUGUCUUCAUAGGUUUGCUUGCAAGGGUUCUUCUGAUCAGUACCCUAGUGGAAGCAGUAUUUCUUCUGUUCAUGAAGUAGAUAUUGAUGCACAUAUGUCUUCAUAUUCCUUGGAUAAUACUUUGUUUCUACUUACCUGGCUGCAAGGUCUUGUUAAUAUAACAUCACUAGCAGUUUCUUCAAACACUCUCCAACCACUUAUCAGAAUGUCUGAUUCAACGGUUGAGAUGUUGUCUCCACCGAAGGCAAAGCGAUUGCGUAGCAAGAGUGAAAAUGAAGAGAACACUGAUUCAGCAGAUUCAUCAGUUGAGAAGCCGAAGCGAGGAAGGCAUAGCGAGAGUGAAAGUGAGAGUGUGAGUGAUGAAGAGAACAAAGACAGGCUCAGUGAUUUGCCUGAUUGCGUUCUCCUUCACAUUUUGUCAUUUCUGAGCGCCAAAUACGCGGUUCGAACUUGCAUAUUAUCCUCAAGAUGGAAGGACCUCUGGGACUGGAAGCAUCUUCCUUCGCUCAUUUUACAUUCCACAGACUUUUCGACAUUGAAGAUUUUCACCAAAUUUGUGUCUAAGCUUUUGGAACUCCGUGAUAGCUCACUCCCGCUGCACAGCUUUGAUUUUAAGCGCCAUGGUUCUAUUGAGUAUAUUGUCCACAGACGGGUAGUAGACUAUGCUUUGUCACAUAAUGUUCAGCGAUUGGUGGACUGGGCGAGCCCCUAG